AUAUUACAGGUGCGGUCGAGAACUGUCAGCUCGAAAAACUUGUUUUCACAUGCAGUCUCCACAUAGGUCUGGCUACAGUCUCUGAAACACUUCAAGUAUCUCUCAUGUAGGUGAUCCACCGAUCAGAAGGACGACCAUAAGUGGAUUAAAAAGUAACUGUACCUUUUCUGAACUAUGCAACCAUCCUUCCAUAUUUCUGUUACUGAGCCUAUCUAAGAAAACAACACCUCUGGAUUUAGUUCUGCAACACUGAAACUAAGCAGCCACCCUAUAUAUUGAUUACUCUAGACCAUUUACAGAGGGAAGAUACGUGAGCCAUGCAAUUCUGGAUUUGGCAGCCGAAUGUGGACCCUAAAUAUGUCAGAUAAGGCUCAUUCAUCCCAACUAACCAAAGGAAACUUGAAAUUUUGAAGGUGAUAUAGGGAUGUCAGACAAUUAACUUAACACAGAGAGCAAGAGAAAAGGACAAGUGAUGAGAUUGCCUGCAUCUUGAAGUGGACUUCUAGGAUUGGAAUCUACAAGGGUUACCACUGAUAUGUCGUGGUGGUGUGGCUGGUGCCUUUGUCCUUACUGCUUGUCUGAGGAUGAUAAAAUGGCAUUGGCCAUCAACAAAGAGAUUGAUAGGAUGCUUAAAAUACAGAAGAGGAGGGACAGAAAGGAGCUGAAACUACUGCUUUUAGGAACAGGAGAGAGUGGAAAAAGCACGUUUAUUAAGCAGAUGAGAAUCAUCCAUGGAUCUGGUUUCUCAGAGCAAGACCGUAAAAUUUAUGGAAAACUUAUACAUCAGAAUAUCAUAACCUGUGCCCAGUCCUUGGUGGGAGCUAUGGAGACCCUCAGGCUUCCUUAUGUCUGGGAGGAAAAUAAGGUGAAUGGGAAAAUGAUCAGUACCCUGGAUGUAUAUAGUACACAGCAGUUAGAAAAGCAUCAUGCUUUAGCCAUCAAAAAAUUAUGGAGUGAUCCUGGAAUUCGUAAAUGUUAUGAGAAGAGAAGAGAAUUCAAUCUCCUUGAUUCGGCCAGCUACUAUUUAACAAAUUUGGACAGGAUCACUCAAGACGGCUAUCAGCCUACAAAUGAAGACAUUGUGAGGAUACGAAUGCCAACUACAGGAAUAAAUGAAUAUUCUUUCACAGUGGAUAAAGUUAAUCUUAGGCUGGUGGAUGUUGGUGGUCAAAAAUCUGAGAGGAAGAAGUGGAUCCAUUGCUUUGAGAAUGUGAAUUGUCUUAUCUACUUGGCUUCUCUCAGUGAAUACGAUCAGCAGUUAGAGGAAAACAGGCAAGAGAAUCGCAUGCGGGAAAGUUUGGCUCUUUUUAAGAGUAUAAGGGAACUGCCCUGGUUUUAGAAACACACACCGAUCAUUCUGUUCCUUAAUAAGACUGACUUGCUUGCUGAUAAAAUCUGCUUCUCUGACUUGGCUACAUAUUUCCCCAAAUUCAGUGGACCUCGCCAGGAUGCUAAAGCUGCUAAAGAUUUUAUUGGGUCGGCCUAUAUGGAAAUCUUUGAGAAGACAAAAAUCAGAGAAGUUUUAGAGAAAGAGAAACAGAAAACUGAUCGUCUGCUUUAUCCCCAUGAGACCUGUGCGACAGAUACAGAAAGCAUCCGUACAGUAUUUAAUGACAUAAAGGACCAUGUACUCAGAAAGUUCCUAAUAGACUUUGGAAUUGUAUGACAAGAAUUCUUGACUCUUCUCUUCUGCAUAAUCUGAACAGUGUCACCUGCCAAUGGAUGUUAUCUACUGCACAUUGCCAAAGAGGACAUCUUUAUUAUGCUUGCUGUUACGUACCGUAUAUAGUUGUAUGUAAUUCUAUGACCAAUAUUGCUACCUGGUUUUGAAAGUACGCACAGACCUUUAACUGACAAAUGAGGGAUUCAUCUACAUGUGUAUUCUCUACGAAAUGAUAAAUGGUUCACAUAUGGACACUUUCAAAAAGAAAAGAAAGUGGUUGGCUGAAUAAACAUUUAUGGCGAGAUUUUAAAAAAUUUGUGCAAAGGAAAGCUGGCUUAGUAACCAAUCAGGUUCUACCUUUCAUUUUGCAGAGGAGCUUUGAACAAUGGAAGGUGGAAUCUGAUUGGUUGCUAUGGUCAACUAAGCCAGUUUUCCGGUUCACCUGUUUUGAUAAAUCUCCAGCUUAGACUUUUAGUGGUAGAUUAAAAAGUGCAUAGACCAGAACCAGUGCCACAUCUGUCUAUGGGACGUGUCUAGUCCAAUAUUCAGUGGAGAUGAACUCCAUUACUAGACACAACCUAUGGACAGAUAUGGUCCAGUGUCUCAGAAAACAUACAAUUUUUUCACAUGCUCGAUAAACCUUUAAGUUAAAGGUGUAGUCUCACAAUACACAUUUAAGGUUAAAGGGAGCCUUUUACUUUGACAAAUGCUUUGGUCGCUCAAUUUUUCUGAGGCUUGCUGUCCCUCGAAACAUGUUGUGUAGCCCCAGCCUUAAAAAGGAGCAACAUGUGCUCCAUGCCACUGCUACCCUUAGACUAGUUUCACAUUUGCCUUACAGCCUUCUGGCAGGCUGUUCCGGUAAAGAACAAUCUGCUGAAGUUCUCUUGAUCUGGCAUUUUUCGGAUUGGGAAUGCUGCAACUGAUUUUGGCAAACUGAUUCCUGGCAUUCUAUGCCGGAAUAGCCUGCCGGAAGGAUGUACCACCAUGUAUGUGAAAGAAGCCUUAGACUUCCUUUACACUUGUUAAUUAAAGGAGUAAUUAUUUAUUUUAUUUUUUUGAGGGCGUGGUGGCGUUUAUUUUUAUUAUUUUAGUAUAUUUUAGGACUUUUUUCUUUAAAAUUACAUACAUAGAGAACUACAUUACAUAGAGAAUGCUCCAGUUUGAAGAACUGCCAUAGGACAUAUGUGCCCUAUGUUUUUUGGCCCUAUACAGAGAACCGAAUCAACAAGUUGGAACUUUUAGCACAUAAUUUAAUUAGAUAGAAGAUUUAUUAAAUUAAAAGUAAAACUGCCUUUAUUGCCCAUAGCAACCAAACAUAGCGCAGCUUUCAAAUUAUAUAGUGCCCUUGAUAAAAUGAAAGUUGUACUGUGAUUUGUUGCUAUGGGA